UCUAACAUUUUAUCUGGCUCUGGGAUUAACCAAAGCAGGACGCCUUCAUGCCAUUUCCGAUCAACAAGCUGGAAAUUAUUGACGUCAAGGCCAACGACAUCAUGGGCUGUUCAGAGUCGACCCGGGUGUGUCUCAAGUUCACCAUCGUCUUCUUGAACAUACCCAUCAUUGUGAUCGGUGCCGUGUCUUUAGGUAUCGGGGUCUGGGUCAUAGUGGACGAUACGUCAUUCUUUGACCUAGCCGCCAGCAUACUUGACCUUGAAGUUCUGGGACAGGAUGUUCUGAGGCAGGGCGCCGUCGUCAUGGUGACGGCGGGGGCGGCCAUGAUUGUUCUGGCGGGGUUAGGCGUUGUCGGCGCUUUAGCUAUGAGCUCGUGUCUUCUUGUGACGUAUGUUGUGACUCUGAUGUUGCUGCUGACACUUGAAGUUGCAGUCAUCAUACUUGGUGUUGUGUUCAAGUCUGAGUGGGAAUCUAAAGCCAACAGUGUAUUGACGAAUCGCCUCAACUCGCACUACGGAAAUCCGAGUGAUCUCCCCUUCACAAGAACCUUUGACGCUCUACAAAAGAAGCUCGGGUGCUGUGGCUGGAAUGACGGGAAAGACUUCAAGAACGUGAGCAGACAGACGUGGAACACAACACUGCCCAACGGUCAGCAGCGCAUGGUGCCAGACUGCUGCUGCAUGGCCGGUAACUCUACGACCGUCUCGGACUGUGUGGUCAGCCCGUACAACAGUUCCCUGUACAUCACAAAGGGUUGUCGUGCCGCUGUGGAAGAUGAGUUCAAGACUUAUCAGUGGGUCGUCAUAGGCGUCACCAUAGCGGUGCUUUCUUUUCAGUUUAUCGUCAUCGUCCUCACGCUGGUGCUUGUGGUCCAUAACGUCAAAAACAAAUACGACAUGAGCUGAGUUAUAUUUAGCUCCGGGAAAACCAGCUGUGAUAAAAAAAAAGAUUUUUUGUAUGCAUGAAAAAAAGU